AUGAGACAUGAGAAAACACCAGAAGAAAAAUUAAGAGAUGAAUUGUAUCAAUCAAAAACUUAUCAAGAAUGGGUGGGAAAAGUCAAAGAAUUAGAUAUAUUACUAAAGAACGAUGAAUGGAAAAAAGAUCGAGUAUCUCCAUAUUAUGAUUAUAACUUGAUACAAGUUAGAUUGGAUCAUCUUAGGGAGAGUAAUGAUGUGCUUCAAAUGAUCUAUAUAUUACGAUCAGAUUAUACAGAAGAAGUUGUAACUCAAUUAGAAUAUAUUGGGGAAAAUAACUUUGCUGAAUUACCUAAUUAUUCAAAAAUCGAAUUUUUUCACGAUACAAAACAAAGUUUUGGUAAUACAGCUCUAGUACUUUAUGGUGGAGCCACAUUUGGUUUAUGUCAUCUUGGAGUUGUGAAAGCUUUAAAUGAAAAAGGAUUAUUGCCUAGAAUUAUUAGCGGUACAACUGUAGGUGCAUUGAUUGCUGCUUUAGUUUGUAUUAGAACCGAUGAUGAAUUACCAAGUAUUUUUAAAGAGGGAGGUGUUGAUUUAGGCGCCUUUAGUAAACUUGGUAGUAAAGGAAAUAUCCGUAGAAAAAUUUCCAGGUUUUUAAAACAUGGACAUCUUAUGGAUAUUAAAGUUGUGGUAGAAUGUGUUAGAAGUAAUGUUGGAGAUUUAACUUUUGAAGAAGCAUUUGCUAGAACAAAAAGAAUAUUAAAUAUUACAGUGUCUUCUACCAGAAAAUUUGAAGUGCCUCAAUUAUUGAAUUAUUUAACAGCUCCUAAUGUUCUAAUAUGGAGCGCUGCAUGUGCAUCGGUUGCAAUGAUGGGGUUAUAUGAUAGUGUUGAUUUAUUAGCUAAAGAUAAAAACGGUAAUAUUGUGCAUUGGGCCCCAUCAGUAUCGCAAGCAAAUCCUUACAUUGUACCAUUUUUAACAAGAGAACAAACCAUUAAAUAUAGUUUAUUAGGUAAAAUUGGUUAUUUUAUCUCAACAGAAUUUAGACAUAGAUUAUAUCAGUUGGAACAAAUGAAACUUUUACCUAAAAUGUUUAGGGAAAUGGUCGAUGAAAAGGUUUCAGGAAAUGUUACAAUUGUUCCUUCUAUUUCCUUUGAUGAUUUUAAAAAAUUAUUUUCAAAUCCAUCUCAUUCUUCCUUGGAUUCUUGGAUAUUGAAAGGUGAACAAUCCACUUGGCCGCUACUAGCUCUAAUAAAGAAUCGUUGUAUCAUAGAAUUGGCUCUUGAUAGAGCCCCAAGUGAACGUAAUUAUUCAGUUUAUCCUAAUUCCAAUAAAAAAAUCAAUAGAAAACGUACAAAAUCUGCGCGUAAUGAAGAAAAGGCUCAGUCUAUGCUCUAUCGUUUUCGUGAAGCACAAGCAGUUCAACUUGGAUUAGUUAAACCGAAAGAGCGUAGACCUUAUUUGGCAUCGGAUUGCAAUAAUUUAAAAGAUGCAGAAAAAUGGCGACAACAAAUAAUCAGAGAAAUUUCAAGGAAAUUAAUGAGAGAAAAAGGUCAUUGGGAAGAUCAAAUAAAGAAGCUUGGUGGACCAGAUUAUAGGAAAGUAGGACCAAAAAUGUUAGAUCAUGAAGGAAAAGAAGUGCCUGGGAAUAGAGGUUACAAAUAUUUUGGUCGGGCGAAAGAUUUACCAGGAGUGAGAGAAUUAUUUGAACAAGAUGCGCCCACACCAUCAAAACGCACACGAUUUGAUUUGUAUAAAAAUGUAGAUGCAGAUUAUUACGGAUAUAGAGACGAGGAGGAUGAGACGUUAUUAGAAUAUGAACGAGAAAAAGAAGAAAAUCUCAUUAAAGAAAUAUUACAAAAUCAAGGUAACACUGCUCAAAAAAAUAAAGAUAUAAGUUCAUCAGUAGAAGGAAUAAUGGAUGUGGAUGAUUUUUCAGAGAAGUACGUGUCACAUGUAGCAGUACCAUCUCAAAAAGACAUUGAAGAAUAUCUGGUACAGAGAAGGAAACGUCAAAUACUUGAUCGUUAUGUGCCAGAUAACGACAUUGAUAAUUAUAAAUAUGAUAAUGUAAUCCUAAUGACCCGCAGUGGAGAAUUGUCUAAAACAACUUUAUGGCUAGGCUCAUCGAUAGAAAAUUCUAUUGGUAUUGACAGAAACAAUAAUCUUGAUAAUAUUGAAAUUGCAUAUAAUGAUCCUAAAGGCGUUAUCAAAAAUUUCAUUAUUAAUGGGUUAAAUCAUGUUAAUGCUAUUCUUGGACAAAGAAAUUUUAUUGAUAUUAAUGAUUUUGAAUAUCAUGAGAGUGAAG